AUGGCAACGAACAAUGCAUACCCCAUAUCCUCAAACUCACGAACAAAAUUGAACGCUUUUCGCUUCCAAGAAGGCGAAGUAGUUCCCGAAGGCCCCAACUCGAAAGACGAGACGAAAUCGGUUAAUGGGAGCAAAGAACUCGAAGACUCGGGCCCCAACGGUGUGGCAGAGCUGAUGCAGGCCUCUUCUGACAGAGGAUGCCAUCCGCCGCACGAAGCUCAAGCGUCGGAGCCUCAGGUACAAGCAUCAAAGCCUAUCAAAGAAUGCCCUCAGACUCCAGGAAACAGGAUACCCCUGGCAGAUUUGAUCAGCAAUGCUGAGGAUUCGUUUGAUCCCGCGCCGGGCCCGGAGGUGACGCCAGUCGAGCAUGUCAUCUGGCAGCAUGUGCCUGCCAGCUCAAACCCAGACACCUCAUCCCAGACGCCAGCAGGUCGUCGCAGGAAGCGCCGGCACAGUUCUUCACCUGCUGGCUCUCCCUCGAAUGGGAAUAAGAAAAAGAUGCAAAAAGAACCCCUUGAUCUUCAUUCAAUACAAGCCCUCUUCAAGACACCUCAGCAUGAUAUGGCUGCUGAAUUGUGGAAUAACUACAUGGAUAAAAACAUGAUCGAUGGCCCGGAUGAUCUUCCACCGCCACGGUUCGCAAAUCUUCUUUCCUCGUCGCCCCAGACACCGGGCUCAGGCAGAACAAGUCGAGACUCGUCAGGGCUGAGACGUGCGAUUAGCUGCACUACCGAUUUCCCCACCUCUCGAACAAAACGACGACGAGUCAAUAGACUAGAUGUUGGUCCCAGUCGCGGCAUUCAACGAACUAGCAGCAAUGUUGAAUCUGGAAGACCCAAGUCAUCAAGGAUCAAUUAUCUUAUGGAAAAGAUCGAGAAAAGUAUACAUAUGGCCCCUGCCGAUGUGGGUCCUCCAGGGUCGUCGCCCCUGCGCCAACAUAUGGAUGCGCGAAGGUGUCGAUCGUCUUCACCCACGAAGGACCGUAGGCUUCACGAGGCCGACGAAGAAACCGCAGAGUCCCCAUCUGCUGCACUGCUUGAGAAAGUAAGACCUGGAACGCUGCCUGUUCUUGAAGAGUCAUCCUCCGAGUUCGGAGAUGAUGAUCUUGAUCAAGGUCUGAUGGACCUGGCCGAUCCCUCAGAGGAUCCCUUCAUUGGGCCGGCACAUGCAUCUAAUGAGUUUGCUUCUCUGGGAUCUUCUGACUGGGCUGCCCUUGACGCAGAAAAGUCUCGUUCAUCGCAGCCCAAAAAGAAUUCGAUGUUCGACAGCAAACCUUCCAUACCCAUACCCCAUAACACUACGACUAACGAAACAAAACGCGAUGAAUUCGAUGACUUUGAAGAUGAAUAUGACGAUCUGCCUGACAACUUGCAGGAAAUACUUGCAAAAUGCGACACAAAUCCCGUGUCCGUCAAUUCAUUAAAGCCAACAAUCACUGGACUAUCCUUGCAAAAAUCAGAUGCUGCGAAUGUCCCGGUGAAUGGUAGUAUGCAUAGCAAACCCCCAACCGCCACACCUGUCAAACCUGAGAUGGUAUCAUCGGAUGAUGAGUUUGAUGAUGAUUUUGAUUUGGAGGCCAUCGAGCAAACUAUGAAGCAAGCAGGUGAAGGAGGGCCUUAUAACCUAAAAGGUCGACAAGCUAUCAAACGUUACCAGAUCGUUGACAUCACGAAGAGCACAUAUGUUACUCCGAAAGGGCGUACUCAGCCAGAGCAGGUCUUGCUAGUUGAAGACGAGAAAACCCGAGAACGCAAGGUUAUUGUUCUACGAGAGUCAUGGUUUGACACUCCCUGCAGCAAGGACUCGUAUAUCCAUCUGGUCGGGGACUUCAACGCAGCCGGCCAAUGCGUUGUGGAUAAUUUGAACCACAUGAUCAUCCUUCACCCCGACCAUCUCAUUUCUGCUACAGUCGUAGCAGACUCGAUAGACUGCCAGCGACGAGCUGUCCUUCAAGACCGAGUUAAAGUCAUUGCCGCACUUGAGCGACCGCAAGCCUUCGGAGUGUUUUUCCACGAAGUUUUUCAAGAAGCGCUCAAGGCGAACCAAUGGGACAUGGAGUCACUGAAGACAUUGGUCGAAACCGUCAUGGGCAGACACGUUGAAGAGCUGUACUCUAUCCAAAUGAGUAUCCCUGAAGCUGUUGAGUAUCUCAUGAGCAGGAUGCCUGCUGUUCUCGACUGGGCAGAUGCCUUUUUGCAUGUCAAACCACAUGCCAAGUCUAUGGUUGAAGAUCGCAACAGCUCUAAAAUGAACUUGAGUAUUAACAAACUGCUUGAGGUCGAGGAGCACAUCUGGUCGCCAAUGUAUGGCCUUAAAGGUAACAUCGAUGCGACGGUACAAGUUACUUGUCGUGAAGAUAAAAUGGAGAAGAACCUGGUGGUUCCGCUGGAGCUUAAGACUGGGCGAAGGGAUACAAACCAGUCACACAGGGCUCAAACAGCUCUCUACACUCUACUCCUGUCGGACCGCUAUGAUCUCGAUGUUACAUUUGGGCUUCUCUACUACCUCGAGUUAACAAAAACACUCAGUAUCCGUGGGAUUCGACACGAGCUGCUCCAGAUGAUCCAGGUGCGCAAUCACCUUGCUGGCUAUAUUCGCGAAAGGCAGCAGCUUCCACCAAUGUUGAAGAAAGCUCGUCAAUGUAUUCGAUGCUAUGCAAAGACCCCUUGCCUUAUCUAUCACAAACUCUCCGAGGAUGGCAAUGGCGAAACCAGCGCACUUGGUGAGGACUUCGAUGCAGCUGUCGGCCAUCUGGACAACGGUGAUCGGGACUUCUUCCGUAAAUGGGAUGAACUUCUGACUAAAGAAGAGGGUAAUCUUGUGAAGUUCCGGCGAGAGCUUUGGACAUUGGUGAGCAGUGAGCGAGAAGCCCUGGGCCGAUGCUUCGGGGAUGUCGUUAUCGAUCCUCAUUCGGUGUAUGAGGAGAACACUGGGACCAAGAUAAACCGCUACCAGUAUACGUUCGUCAAAAGACAAGCGCCUCCUGGUUUCUCCUUUGCUGAGUCUCAAAUAUCUGUCGGUGAACCGAUUGUAAUUUCGGAUGAAAAGGGCCAUUUUGCUCUCGCCAAUGGAUACGUGGUGCAUACUAGUUCCUCACACAUCAAGGUUGGCGUGGACCGUAAACUUCACAAUGCACGAUCAAAGACGGCUGGUUUCGAUGCAGUCACAAAUCAGUCUUUCAGGGGAAUCAUGGAGGUUGGAAAAGGAGAGCCUGCUGCUCUCGAAAACCCAGGUGAACAGCUCGUUUACCGGAUCGACAAAGACGAGUUUAGCAACGGCAUGGCCAUUGUUCGAAACAACCUCAUCUGUAUGAUGGAUAAAGACUUGUUCCAAGCGAGACAGCUUCGACGGCUUAUUGUUGAGGGUCAAGCUCCCGCCUUCAAGACGACAUCAUCUUCAUACACAAUCUCCGAUCCUGACAACCUCAACGUGGAUCAAAGACAAGCCAUUGAUAAAGUGAUGAGUGCCAAAGAUUAUGCCCUUGUCCUCGGAAUGCCUGGGACUGGAAAAACCACAACCAUUGCCCAUAUUAUUAGAGCCCUUGUCGCACAAGGCAAGAGUGUUCUUCUUACAUCUUACACCCACACUGCAGUGGACAACAUUCUGCUGAAGAUUCGAGACGACAGCAUUCGUGUGUUGCGUAUAGGUGCAACCGCCAAAAUCCAUCCAGAUGUUCAGGAAUUUGCGGAUCUUGCUGCAAUCCCGAAAUCAACAAUUGAAGAACUCAAGGAUUCAUACGAGAAGCCGCAGGUUGUUGCCACUACAUGCCUCGGAGUCAACCAUAACAUUUUUAAUCAGCGCAUCUUUGACUAUUGUAUUGUCGACGAGGCGUCACAAAUCACUCUCCCGGUCUGUCUCGGCCCGAUUCGUAUGGCAAGGACAUUCAUCCUGGUCGGUGAUCACUAUCAAUUGCCGCCGCUUGUGCAGAAUAAAGCGGCCCAGGAAGGAGGGCUUGAUAUCAGUCUCUUCAAACUACUCUCGGACGCACAACCAGAUUCGGUUGUCAACCUAGAACACCAGUACCGCAUGUGUGAGGAAAUCAUGUUACUUUCCAAUACUCUGAUCUAUUCGGGCCGUCUCAAAUGUGGCACACCGCAGGUAGCGGCCCGAUCUUUGGAUAUACCCAACAUCAACGCCCUCGAGAAAUUCCAUGUCGAGGACUUGAGCCAUGCCCCGUCACAGUCACGACGAGAAAUCUGCCCGGGUACCCCCAGUACCCCCUGCUGGCUCCGAGACUUACUGACACCAUCUGCAAAAACACGCCUGGUCAACACCGAUCCCAUCGGCCCUGCAGCCCUCGAGAUAGCACAGGGAAAUCGAGUCGUAAAUCACAUGGAGGUCUUCCUCUGCUCGCAACUUGUGGAGUCAUUCAUUGCCUCUGGUAUCCCCGCGCGCAACAUUGGUGUGAUCACUUUCUACCGCAGUCAACUCUCGCUCCUUCGCCAGAGCCUGCGACGCUACACCCCGGAUCUAGAAAUGCACACUACAGACAAGUUCCAAGGUCGCGACAAAGAGGUUAUUAUCCUGAGCUGCGUACGCAGUAACGCCGAAAAUAACGUCGGCGAGCUCUUACGCGACUGGCGCCGUGUCAACGUCGCCUUCACCCGUGCCCAAACCAAGCUCCUAGUUGUCGGCAGCAGAUCCACUCUCCGUGAUGGUAACGAGCUCCUUUGCAAAUAUGUUCGUCUGAUGGAAAGCAAAGGCUGGGUUUAUAACUUGCCCAGCGGAGCCAUGGACAAGCAUUUUUUCCCUUCUUGUACCACCCAGUCGCAGCUCAUGUCUCCGGGAGCGGUCUUGACUCCUGGCUCUGCUAAGGGCAAAGGUAAGAGCAAGAAUAAAUCACCUUCUUCUCGUUCUACCCGUGAACCACUGAGCCCACUGGGUUCCCGACAGCCACCGUCCGGCCUUCGAAGGCCUUCAAAGACGGGUGCAAAGCUGUUCAACGGUACCAAUGUGGUUGGGAAUCGGCCCAUCCUGCGAGAUAUAGUGAAUGAUGUGACGGGCUAG